AUGGACUUGUUGGCACAAUCCUGUACAGCCAUUGUCACCAACCCAAUCUCAGUCUCAAACCACUCUUUAAUCACUUCUAAGAAAUCCAUUUCUUCGAGGUGCGUGGGUCCCACUUUCUGCUCCAAUCUUCCACAAUACCUAGAGUUUGUACAACCGAAACCGAAACUGAAACCAUUUCCUUCACCACCGCCUCAACGUCCUCAACGUUCUCCAUCACCAGUUAGAGAAUUGCCAGCUAGGGUUUAUGUUCGCCAUUCAGUUUACAAUGGGAAAGGUGUACUCACUGUGGCCCCCAGACCUCCCAAAUUCACUUCAUUAAAUUCCGGGGCAUUCACGAUAUCCAGACAAGGUUGUGUGCUGCUCAAAUUUGUUCCUUCUGCUCUUCCGUUCAAAUAUGAUUGGGGAAAAAAACAGUUAUUUUCGCUGUCAGUGGGAGAAAUUGGAAUUCUAAUCAACCUUGGUGCAAAGGAGACUGGUGAAUUUUAUCAUGACCCUUUUUUGGGAACAAGUGAUGAAGGUAAAGUGGGAAAAUAUUUGAGGGUGGUGCCACUUCAUGACGGUUCUGGCCACAUGUUUAACCUAAGUGUUAUAAACAAACCCGCGAACAUAAACGAAAACAUCUUUAUCCCUGUCACAAAAGCUCAGUUUGCAGUUUUCAAUUCACUUUUGAGUUUUAUCACGCCAUGCCUUUUAGGUUGGAAUGUCUUUGCUAGCUCUAUAAAGCCCAAGAAAAGAAGACUCUGA